GACACGCACGCACACUGGCUGUAGGCGGUGUGUCUUUCGGUUUUACUCGUCGUCCGUCCCGCCUGAUGCGAAUAUUACAGAACAGACAACAUUUUGACACAUGACAUUUUAAACUCCGGUGCCAAAACUACAACGGCUGGAUGAGUGGGCCAACCUUCACCUCCCCCUCUGCAGAUGUGGCUGAGAUGAACCGCAUCCAUUAUGAGUUGGAGUACACAGAGGGGAUCAGCCAGCGCAUGCGAAUCCCCGAGACCCUCAAGGUGGCCCCGGACAAGCAAACAGGAGCUCUGCCACUUCAGCAACCCCUGCCCAUUCACACAACUCUGAUGCAGGUGCCAGAGAGGAUCGUCGUAGCAGGUGAUGAUGGGGAUCCUCUAUUUUCUCGUCCCCGAGACUUAGACCUGAUUCAGUCCAUCCCUUCUGUGGACCUCCUGAGCAUGAAGGCCCCACCUCGUGUCCUCACCCUUACAGAACAGCCACUGGACUCCCUUGAAACUGAACAAACAGCCUCUUCACAGAGCAAUCCCAGCCAGGCGGCCCACUUUCAUGCUCGGUCUCGAAGGGAACGUAGUGCAAGUGAGAACAUGUCUGGUCGCCACAGCAGUCACAUGGGCAGAGGUGACAUAAGUGUAACCCCUUCCCCUUCUGCCCCCCCAGUCCGCUUGUGUCCCCCUCUCUGUUCCCCUGAGGAUGCAAACAUCAACCUAUUCACAGCUGCGGGCUUCCUGUCUUACAUCCAGUCAACAACACGCCGGGCAUACCAGCAAGUCCUCGAGGUGCUGGACGACAGCCACCGCAGGACACACCUGGAUCUGGCCCUGGAUAUAAACCCCGAUGAGUCUGGCGUAAUGGAUGCCUCCUCACUGCGACGACAGAUUGUGAAGUUAAACCGGCGUCUGCAGCUGCUGGAGGAAGAAAACAAAGAACGCUCCAAGCGAGAGGUGAUCCUGUAUUCUGCUACUGUGGCAUUCUGGCUUAUUAACACCUGGAUCUGGUUCCGUCGCUAAGAUGGGCCAAGACUGAGUCUCCCAAAACACUGGAAGCCAAAGCAAUUCCUUGUUAAAGGUGCAACCAUUACAAUACAAUGCAAGUCUUUACUACAUCUAAAGGCAUCCACAAGGAACCAAAACCUCGCUGGUAAAUGUCCUCUGCAAUCCUCUGUUUCUAUAGCAAGUUAUAUCAGGAUUUCACUUACAAAAUUUCAAGCUCAGUGCUGUCAAGAUAAGACAUGAGGCUAAACAUAAGCAAUGUUUACAAAACCAGUCAUAUACCAGUGUUUUAUAGCUACCCGAUAUUAGUAAAUUUCACACUGGCUUGCAUUUACACCUUCACACCUUCACACCUGACUACAGACUGGUGCUGGUUGGAUACGACAGUGCCAGAACCAGAAGUAAAGCUAAAGUUAGCAUAUCGCACAUUCAGAGGUUCAUAUGUGUAUUUCAUUCCUGUAUAAACUGGCAAACGACUAGCAAGACAAAGCACAAUGACACAACAGCUGGAUGUCUGCAACAUGUCUGCAACUGCUUUGAUGUGGUGAGCUGAAGUUUGCUACAGUAACAACUUACACUAGUUACCCUGCUAAAUUCAAAUUAGCUACAGCAUCCGUUUCUGACCAACAAACAUAACGUCAACUCUCGCGCUUGAAGUUUGACCUUUCAAAUAUUGCACUGAUGUUCACUGAAGUUUAGGAGAAACUAAACGUGGUGCAGAUAAUAUAGAAUAUGGCGACUAGUUUAAAGUAAAGCAGUGCCUGGCAUUAAUCUGGAACUGUUGCAAACUCCUAUUUUUAUGUUAUUUUGUGCAAAGAGCUGGGUAAAUAUUACUGAUUGCACUUUGAAGCUUCAUAAAUCCGUUGCACAGCGACAACAGAUGUUGCAGUGCAGCUUACCAUCAUCCAUCUUUGUAAGAGUAAACUGAAUUUGUAAAUGAGACUUUUUAGCUUCAGGAGAAGAACGAGUAGAGGGGAAACAAGGAUUUACUUCAGCAGCAAAUGUUUUGGGAACGCAUCCCAGAGCUGGAUUUAUAGUUACAGGACCAAUCCUCUGACGCGACCUGUCCUGGCUGUUUGAAAACUCAUUAGUUUUGUCAAGCACUACCAUUCUUCAAGUGUCAAAGUGAGAUGACUAAAUCUAGAGUUGCCAUAACAUCUAUCUUUUGAGUUCUGCAUUACCCAAAACAUUUGUGUACAGGACUUGAAUAGCCUAUUGCUGACUUGCUGUAGUUUGUCCUUACUGUCAUUGUUUUAUUAAACCUUUUUGGCCUACGGAUUCUGUCAUGAACGUGAUGAAGUCAUAACAAAAAUACUAAGGGUAUUAUCUGUGAAGUGGUCAUGUUUUCCAAUGCUGUUUAUACAGUUUGAGCUUGUUUUUCCCAGAGAAUUUGACCACUCAUGUUUUUUCCACUUUGUUACCUCCAAGACUAAAAGCAUGGACUAUGUGGUUUUAUUCAUCAUGCAGUGUGAUAUAAAUCUUAGAGCUACUGUCUGUAUGAUCAUGUGUAAUAGAUGGCUAUGUAUAUGAAAUAUUUAUGUCAUUAUUUUUCAAUAAUGAAAUGAGCAUAUGGAGGUUUGUGUAUCAAACAUAAUGCAAAGGCAUCAACAAAAUGUUGCAGUGACCAUUUGUUUCUGUUCAGCGCUGUACCUAGGACUUAAAGCUGUUUAAGGUUAUUUGACUUUCUUUGUAAUUUAUGAAUACAUUCAUUGUUUGUUAAUAUUUUUGCUGUAAUAAAUGAUGGAUGUGAA